AUGUCCCCGGGGAGCGGCGUGAAGAGCGAAUACAUGAAGCGCUACCAGGAGCCGCGCUGGGACGAGUACGGGCCGUGCUACCGCGCGCUGCUCCACUACCGCCUGGGCCGCCGGCUGCUGGAGCAGGCGCACGCGCCCUGGCUGUGGGACGACUGGGGCCCGGCCUGCGCCUCGGACGACUCGGCGUCGUCGGCGUCCUCGGGCGCCGGGGCCCCCGCGCCCCAGUGCGCCCCGGCCUCGCCGCCGCCGCCCGUGGAGCCAGCGGCGCGCGAGGAGCCGGAGCAGCGGGCGCGCGCGGCCCCGGAGGAGGAGCGGGGCGCGGAGGCCGCGGGGGACGCGGAGGCCAGGGACGCGGAGGCCGCGGAGAACUCGGCGCUGCCAGGUACCUGGCCGGGGAGGGCCCCGCUCGCGGGACUGGAUUUGCUCUUGGGUCUCCUCUGA